AUGUGCAGGCCCCGUUCAUUGAUACCAGCGUCGAAGUCCAGGCCUCUCCUAUCGACUUUGGAGCCACCCCACCAGGAGUUCUUUGCGGACUCAUGGUGGUGUUUUCCAUUUGAGGCCAUGGAGUCACUAUCGGUACAUUUAAUGUGGGUUGCUGCAGCCACCUACUGCGCUAUGUUGGCGCCGAAGAGUCUUCUCGCGACUCUAAUUGGCGUAUUGGGAAUGGCUCAUUUUAGUCUUGGCCGUGGAAGUGGAAGUUUUGGCGGAGGUUUGUUAAUUGCAUCACUGGGUACCCGAGAAGCCUUCAGAUACAUGGGGUUGAUAGCUUUCUUGGGCGGAGUGCUUUACGGUCUCUUACACUAUUUCUGGUUAAGAAAUAUCAAUAUGAAAGCGAUGCCAGAGAUAUCGGAGCCGGAUACAGAAAGUGGUGAAGGCGAUAAGCUAAAUGGUGAACCUCUUAGAAAGGAUGCUGAGACGAUGGUAUCUUUGGAGCGGCUGCAUAUGAUUACUAGAUAUAAUCCUCUGGGUUCUUUGCAUUCAUUAUCCAGAGGAUCUAGGGCCAGGCUAUCCCAAGGCGACAUCAACGAACUAUGUCGCAGCAGAAGCGGGAGUAACAGCCAGCGGCGGUGCAGCAACAUCGAAAUAUCUCCAAAAUCCCAAAGCUCUGCUUCCAAGGUUGAUCUUCUACGUUCAGCCCUUGAGGUCUCUCAUCAACAGGCUAAGGGGCACAUAUCGAACCCGGUUCUGUCUAAUAGGACUACAGCUCAUCCUUAUAAGUUAGCAAACAGUGCUCCAAAACUAACACAGCGCAUAAACAUAUCGCAGCCGGCACUGGUUGAGUUUGACAGCCGUCGAAGAGACUCGAUACCAGAGGAGGCUGAUGAAGACAAACUCGUACCAGCGAAGUGUAAAACUAAGAGAAUCCCACCACCACCCACUUACGACGAGGCAACCCGUGAGAAAAGGAAAAGUUGGCACUCGGACGAUAGUACUCCCACAUAA